GCUGAAAGAGAGCCUGGUGGGAGAUGUGACGGUCUGGGAUUGUCUCUAUGGGUAUAGACAGGUUGGCGGCAGUGACGCGAGAGUCUGUAACAAAGAUGGAUCCUGGUCGGGAAAAGACAUCGUCUGUAGCCGUGUUGUCUGCCCAACUCCACCGGACAUCGCCGCUUCAUCUCUUGUCGAAGCAAACACUCAGAACUUCACAGAGGGCGACGUAGUCACAUACAAGUGUAGACAAUACUUUCGUCCUCGCGGGAAUAAUUCAGUAAAGUGUCUCAACAACGCCACUUGGUCCAGAACAGACUUCCGUUGUGAUGAGAUGAAGUGUCCGGACCAUCCUUACGUGCCCAACACGGAGAGGACGGGGAGUGCCGUCGCAAUAGGCUCAUUUGCCGAUUACGCAUGCGUCGAGGGAUAUCACCAGGCGACUCUGCAGUUGACAUGCCAAGAGGACGAGACGUGGUCAAAGCAUAACUUCACCUGUAUAAAGGAAGGAUGCCGAGCACCUCCUACAGAACCGCACGCAUCUGUCUCUGGAGGUGGUGGUGCAAUCGGGACGGAGCAUAAAUAUUCAUGCGAUGCGGGUUUCUGGAUAUCUGGGGAAAGAACCUCCAUAGUCUGUCAGGAGAAUGAGACGUGGUCCAAGGCCAAAUUCAAGUGUAAAGCGCUGAUUGACUGUCCGCAGCCUACUCCGAUUCAAUUCGCCACGUGGAUAGUGCCUGGCACCCUCAAGGCGGAAGAGAAGAAAUUGACGAGAUUCAAACCCAAGACGCGGGUCGAAUAUCGCUGCAAAUGGCAGCCGAAACCGGGCGAACUUAGUGGCGGAGGGCGGGACUAUGGCGAAGAGGACUGGGACAGACAGUCGGACACAGGGGGACAGUUGUGGACGGCCAGCCGAACAUGUCAGAAGGAUGGGAAGUGGACAGCUGUGAGCCGCGACCUGAAGUGCUGGCCACCGGCAAAGAAAUCUACCGUCUUGAAAUAUAAGAAAGGUUACGUUCGUCGUUUUGGCGACUGUACCGGAAGAGACCUCAAGCGCAUCUAUUUGGAAUCACACGACAGGAGGAGAUCAGACAAAUGUUUCGUCGAAUGCAGCCGAAUGACCGAAUGUAGGAGCUUCCUGUUUGUUGUCAUGACGAAAUACGGGACAAACUGA